UUGAUCAGAGACAUUUUCGGAGGAUUGAUAGUAAUCUGAUUGAUGAAUUUGAGUUUGUAAAGAACCAUCCUUUUGCUCAUCAGUCCCGGUCGGCCAUGGGGUACCUGCACUUCGGCCACCGGGAUCAUCCCCUGGUGAUCUGCAGCAAGGCGGCCGACGGACAAGCCCGGUGCGCCGCCUGCGACGACAUGUGCACCGGCCUGACGUAUGGCUGCAAGGGGUGCAGCUUCUACUUACACUACUCGUGCCUCCUCCUUGAAGAAAUCCUCCACCCCGCCCACCCUAGCCACUCCCUCGUCCCCAGACCUGUGUCUGCCGACUUCACCUGCUCCGCCUGCCGCCGAUCCCAGAGCAACGGCUUCUGCUUCCUCUGUCCGGAGACUGGCUGCAGCUUUGCCAUCGAUGUCAAGUGUGCCUUCCCUCUCCCCGCCAUCUACUUCCCCGGUCACGGCCAUCGCCUCCACUUCUUCGGUGAGUUGCCGGAAGAUGUCGACCAUCGUCAGUGCGAGGCUUGUGGCGAACCUUGCAGAUCGGCUGUCCUGGGCUGCUUGGACUUGGGCUGCAAAUUCGGAGUGCAUUUGGUGUGCGAACGCCCCUUGUGCUUGUUCGAGCACGAGGUUUGGCGAACGCUACCAGGGUUCCACUGCCCCAACAGAAAUGGCCUCCAGCUAAAGGCUUCCAUUGAUAAGGUGGACGACCGCCGCCGGCGUCCCUGCCGUUACUGUUCGAAGGAGAUAGGGCCCCAGACUCCGCUUUACCAUUGUGACUUUUGCAAGUUGAUUGCUCAUGUUGAGUGUAUAUUCUCAAGGGUGGAUCGAGGCGAGGACCUGCAGAUGAUUCACCCGGAAACGAAGCAAGAUGGCAGAAAAGAAGGAAACUCAGAAUCCAAAGAGGCGGCGAUGCAGCAUGGCGAGACCUUCCGACGAAUGGUCGAUUCUCUGAACAAAAAAGAGGAGGCAGAGCUGGAGGACGUGUACAGGAGGCGGGUGGUGGAAAUCAUAAAGGUGCUAGCCUGGCGAAAGAAUGCCAGGGGUAGCUCCGACGGAGUCCCGAAAUCGCCGUUCCUGGACGAGGCGUUCUCAGAGUUCAGGAAGAGGCUUCCCCACGACAUCCGGCGGAUGACUUCUCUCGCGGUGGCAUCCGAAGACGAAAUGGUCAGGCCGGUGGCCGAGUACAAGAUGACCUGGAAAUUGGCUCCAGUCCUGAAAAAACUGUUUACGAUCCAUGGAGACCUCAGCGAGGAAUCCAAUUUAAGCCGGAAGCCAAAGAACCUGGUCUUCGUAAUGCUGUGCGGUACCAUCUACAGCAUGGAUAGCACCAAGGUCGCCGAAGUCACCGAAGAGUUGCUGUACAACUGGUGGAAGUACCUGAUGUUCGUGCACCUCUCGAGGUUCAAAAUUGAGUUUGCGAUCGACCGGCUGAAACUUGUAAUGCGCGCUCACUACAAUCUCCGGCACGAUAACAACGCCAUCUUGAGAAUGGCCAUAGAGAUCAGGGAGCUCUCCCAAGAGAUCCAGGAAUCCAAGAGCAAAUUAGAUAGAUUGAGGGACGAACACGAAUCGAUGUUGGAGGACGAGCACGGUUCGACGUUGAACGUGACGGAAGACUUGGUAGAAGCAUGUUCGAAGAACGCGAGAGCUUGGAAGUACUGAAACGUAGAGCCAUCGCUAACCGGAGGAGAGGAGUUAAAAACUUGUGUGUGCUAGAGUUUGAUCUAUAGCUAUAUGUGAGUGUUUGUAG